GACACACUGGUCCCUUUAAUGGCGCGCUCGUAGACUUGUUCGUCGGCGCGCGUGCCGCUCUUGGUGUUUCUCCACCACUUUCUCUCUCCGAAGUGUCUAAGCGCCUCGGGCGAAUCGGGGUGUGUCUGCACAAACAAGGAACCCACCGAGCGCAAACCACCACCACCAGUGGAGCUAAAAUUCAAACAACAAAUAAAAUAUGCAGCAUAAUGAAAAACUGACAAGCCGGAUCUGACACUUGUUUGGCUUUGGAAGGCAUCUAGAAAACCAUGAAGAAGCUGCACCACAGCCCCGCCAAGCUAGCGGCGGAAGUGCGCGUACCAGAAGGCGAGGCUACCGUGCAGCAACUCAACGAGCUUUUGUCCGACAGCAGCGGAUUUUACAGUUUACCGGCGCAACAUUUCAACGAGGUGUUUCCUAGGAUUUACAUAGGAAAUGCGUUUGUGGCCCAGAAUGUGAUGCGUCUUCAACGACUCGGCAUCACACACAUACUGAACACAGCAGAGGGCAACUCCUUCAUGCACGUGAACACCAACUCUGAGUUCUAUGCAGGAAGUGGGAUCACAUACCAUGGCAUAAAGGCCAAUGACACGGAACAGUUUAACCUCAGUGCCUUCUUUGAGGAAGGGGCCGACUUUAUUGAUAAGGCUUUGGCACACGCAAAUGGAAAAGGAAAAGUAUAUGUUCACUGCCGAGAAGGCUACAGCCGUUCCCCAACGAUGGUUAUUGCUUACCUCAUGCUGUACCAUAAAAUGGAUGUGCGAGUGGCGACGGCUACAGUAAGGCACAAGAGAGAAAUCGGGCCCAACGAUGGCUUCCUGCGCCAAUUGUGCCAACUCAAUGACAAGCUGGCCAAAGAGGGCAAGCUGAAGACUAAAUGACAGAUGGCACAUCUGUGACUCCUCUGGCAAAGAAAAGAUCUUACCAGGCUAGCAGCCAACUUCUUUCUCUCUCUCUCUCUCUCUCUCUCUCUCUCUCUCUCACACAUACCCCCCCCCCCCCCCCCACACACACACACAUAAAUACCCAUAAAAAUAUAAAUAACUAAAAGUCAGAUAUGUUUUAACAGAAUUGCUACAUUUUUAGCCUUGAAUACACACACACACACACACACACACACACAAACACACAAACACGCAAACACGUGCACACACACACACACACACACACACACACACACACACACAGUCAGUGUGUAGGUCUACAAAAUCUAACUAUGAGAAAUCUUCUGCUCCUCUCCCUUUUUUAUUUGAUCCCAAUUUCCCACAGUAAUAUAUGUAGCCACAUGCAAAAUACUUCUAUUUAAUAUAUUUUACAAUGUAUACAAUUUAUAUUUUGCAAUAUAUGACUUCUAUAAAAUAUUACAGUAUAUUCCAUAUACAUGUGGAGUGUAAAACACUCCUGCUGCCAUCUGUUUGUAUGUCUACCAUCUUUGGAGCUUUUUCGCCCAAUUUGCAUACAAUGGUGAAAUUUUAGAGCACAGUCACACCAAUGUCUGCCACUGCCGGAUUUUUCACAAUGAUCGAACCCAUUCCAUUUUGUAUAAGGCUGUAUAUGGAGGAAUUUCAGAAAGUAAACACACCUCUGUAGAAAAAGCACCAAAUUCAAAAAGAAUGAAUAUUUAUUUAAUUAAUUGCAGCUAAUACUGAUAUUUCUAACAAAAAUAAGGUUUAGACCACUGACAGGGUAUCACAAAAUUAUUUUUUAUGACAGCACUGCUUUUUUUUUUUUUUUGGACACAUGAAGUUAGUAUUCUUCAGCUAACACCGAUAAAAUGGAAAUAUCCGUAUUAGCCAUGAUACAGUGAAAAACAGGAACUGCAUAGAUGUGAAACGUCAGUUAAACCUCUACCAAUCCAGAAUAGCACCUGAACAUUUUAUCCUGCUCAAGAUCACAGUGAAACUGUAGUAUAACCAUAAAAAUCCAUAUGUUUGUAUGCUUGCUUAUAUAAAUCUAACUACCCUAUAUCAUGCAUCAAAUACAAGGUCAAGCCAUGCUUUAUAUAGGGCAUUACUAGCAUAUAUACUGUAUUCUAGUAAACUACUUUAAGCCAAUCUUAUUAUUGGGUCUUCCUCAUAGUCCUGAUAUAUCGAAAGUAGGAUUACAGUCAGGGACUGUACAAGAUGAUUAAAAUUGAGAGCACAAAAGAAAGACCUGAGCAUCAUUAGUCCACUGAGUGAAGCUCACAUGUUACAUUCAAAGCCCAAGGGGUUUUCUUGCGUAUUGUAAUGAUUAAGGACAGUCAUAAUUCACUUAGAACACACUAUAAAACUAGGCCACAUAAAACCAUAGAGCAUUUUCUCUUCCAGUAACUCCAAUUUCUAUAUUUAUAUGCAAUGCACAAAUAUACAUAUUCAUAUAGAUUAAUAGUUAGGUGUUGACAUAUAUGAAUGUAUAAUAAACUGUAUGUGCAUUACUAUACAGUAUAUGUUCUUAAACUAUUAUCCAACUUAUUGUAGCCAUGAUUCAUAUCAUGCUAACACACAUGGCCAAUAUUUAAAGAACAAAAUUAUAAUAAUCAUCUACAGCAGGGGUUUUCAUCUAACAGAUCAGUGUUUAUAACGGCAAAGGAGUUAAUUGGAUUGAAUUGUAAAAGCUACAAAAACAAAAGAAAAAACAUGACUUCUGUAGCAGUUUUUGUGUCGUGUCUUUCUGACUUUUCGGCAGCUCAACAUACCAGAUGUUAGCUAGAGACAAUAAUUCAACAAGCAGAUUUCUUAUUUAUGAGAUAAGAGAUAAGAAAGCAGAUGUUCUUGAAGAUAAGUGUUUACUUUGUUUUUGUAGAGAGAAUAAUCAUUUCAUGCAAGCACAUUAAAAAGUUGGUAUUCUCUACUAUGUAAAAAAAUUAUUCAAGGUUAAUAUUGAAAGGUCACUCGAGCGCACUUUUAUAAGCAUGACAUAAUGUAGUUGGACCUUUGACCUCAGCUGGACCUUAGCUGAAUACCCCUGCUCUAAAAUUUCAGGUAUUAUUUUAAAACGUUUACAGUUUUUUAAAAAGCUUUUAAACCACUAUAAGCAAUCACAUGUAUUUUUAAAUUAAUUUUUCUUUAAAAAUCUUGAUUAUACUGUACGUAAGAGGGCAAAAGUCUGUCUUCACAGUUAACACUGUCACAGGCUACCUCAAUGCAUCACCGCCAUCUGUCCUGUUUAGUUUUUCACACCAGUGUUCUGUACCAUAAUGUCUAUUUUAAUGCCAACAAAAUUGUAAUAAGAAAGUACUAACCUUAAACAUUCCUAUAUUGUAUUCUGGAGACAUAUGCUUUUUAAAACCUAACCUACUGUAGAUACUGAAAACCUUCUGCCGUUAUAAGAAAAAUAUAGUGUACUAAUGUGGAUGCCAAGUAAGUAUCCCUUCUUAAAAGUUUAUUAUGAUAAAAAUGUGUUUUCCUCGAUUAUUCAAAGUAACUCUCUUAUAAUUAAGACAAAAAAAAAUCUUCUUUCACCAUUAGAUAUGUGUAUACAAUAAAAAAGUAUGACAGAAUGGUUACCACUAUUUAAUGGACGCAAAAUAUUCAGAUGUGCUAUUUCUUGACCAAGAGCCCAGCCAGAUCUGAUACUUAUCUAAGUAAAAAUGAAUUAGUGAAGAGAUACACUGCCACCUUCCAUAGAAUUGUCAUUCAGUAAUAUUUAAUAUAGAAAUGUACUUUAAAUGUUUGAAGCUGGUAAUGAACUGCUGUAUGGCUUAAUGAUAUCAAGAGUGACUGUAAUGCUGCUUGGUAAUUUUUUUAUGUAAUAAUAUAUGUCUACUAUAGUGGUAUAUUGUUUUGUACUUAAAAGGAUUGCUCCUAGGAUGGUCGAUGUAAACCAAACUACUAAAUGCUAUGCUAUAUUUAAAGAGCUUAUCUGAUUGUCUUACCUGUGGUCUGCACUGAUCUUUGCUGAUGAAUCUAAUCAAAGUUAGUAUUGUAUACAUACAGUAUUUACUGAUCAGCACAAGUGUAACAAUGUUGUGUAUUGUCUGUACUUUUGUACUUUUUAGAAGUUGUCCUGUCUUACAUACUCACACCUACACCAACAUGUGUGUGCAUACACUUUAGAGUUAUGUGUUUUUCAUGCUCUGUUAUUCCAGAAUGAUUGUACUCAAAUAAGAAUCAAAUAAGAUGACCCCAGCAGUAUACUGUAAAACAUAGUUACAAUGAUGUUAUUAUAUACUUUAAUAUGUUCUUCAGUUGGUUUUGGCACACAUUUUCACACUGCCAAAUAGUUGUUUGGAUUGACACACAUGAGGCACAUCUCAAUCUGUGUUAAGUUCAAUCUAUGUAAAAAAAAACAACAACCCAAAAUUAAACCUCUUAUGAAUAAUACACUGUAGAAGAGGGAGUAGGACAUACAAGCUGUCCUGUAAUCCCACCAUAAAGCCUUACUUUUAAAGUACUCACUCCACAAAGCAAAGCAUACAGCUUAUUACAAACACUUUAUAUAUUGAAGUGCACUUGAUUUUAAAUUACUGAUGUGUUUCCUGCUUUGGGAAUAUUGUAUUUAUGUCCAGCUGUUGAACAAUAAAUUGCUAAAUUAAAAAAUA